CUAAAACAAUGUGAAAACAUUACAAAAGUCUUGAUUUGUUUUGAUCUGUUCCCUCUCCUCACUAAAUUAAGGAUUAUUCUAGUAGAAGAUGGAAGUAAACGCGACGGAUCAGCUAAGUUUAGGUGAUGAUUCACCUACUAUGGCUGAAGCUAUCAAAAUGAUCACCAAAGCUUAUGAUCUCUGCUUUUCAAACAAGUUCCUUCAAGCAAAGGCAGACAUAGGGCCAUGGAUCAAUAGAAGCAUGUACCAUUCAGUCACAUACAGCAGUAUUAUGUGCAUUCAAGCUCUGUUGAAAUUUGAACAGGCAGCAAUUCAAAAGGCAAGUGAGAGUGUCAAGAUGGCGGUGAAUAUCUGUGAAAGACAUAGGAAAAAGCCCACAUGGUCAGAGACAUUUUCAAGCUGGAUAUGGAGUUCUCCAUAUGACGAGUUUUCUACAGCCGUUUCAGUCUUCUCUUUUGGAUUUUUGCUUCUUUCUUUAAUGUUUACUUAUGUCUACCUUAUAAAACUAGAAUGUCAAGGUUCCCUAUCUUGUUAAAGCAAUUCUUCAAAAUGUCAAUGAUUCUUAAUCAGGGGGUAAGCUCGAGAUUACAAAUAAGUGACGGAAGCUGCUACAGCUGCUACAUAUUUCCUAGUAAAUUAGUUUUGAGAUAUUGGUGUAAGAUCAAGAUAACAACUUGAUAAGUUCGAGUAUUCUCAUUACCUGUUUGAUGGAUAAUGUACGGAAGUUAUAGGGAGAAGUUUCAUGUUCAUCACUUAUGUGAGUUUAAGGUUUAAAUAUCCUUACUAUGUUCCACUCACAAUCAAUAGGCCGGAAAACAGCGGACUUGUCAACCAACUUUAACAUUGGGUUUUCGACAGAGUGCUUAGUUAGAGAUUUGGAAGCACCCAAGAGCACAAUCAAAAAGUUUUACAUUUGUGUUAGUCGCUGUUGUAAAAAGUUCAAAAUGUUUUAUAUUAACAAAGGUUAUACAUUUUCUAUGCCAAGUAUCAAAUAAUAUUUAACAAUGAAACGCAUCCAGUAACGGAUUAUGGCAAAUGUUUUUAUGUAUAUUUUCACUCUGGCAUGUAAUUUAUGGUGUAAUAUCUUAAAAAGGAAAUAUUCACUUUUUACAUUUGAAUACGUGCGGUAUAAACUAUAAAUGAUA